AUGAGUUAACCUAUACGUCAAAAUACCACUAAUGCCGCUAAUGCCACUAAUGCCACUAAUGCCACUAAUACCACUAAUGCCACUAAUGCCACUAAUGCCACUAAUGCCACUAAUGCCACUAAUACCACUAAUGCCACUAAUGCCACUAAUGCCACUAAUGCCACUAAUGCCACUAAUGCCACUAAUGCCACUNAAGAACUAGUUUACCAAAAUUAAAACUUGCAGAAAGAAAACUAAUUAAAUGAUUAAAAUAAUUAUGAAUAAAUAAACUAAAUUAAUAUAAAUAAAAAGUUACUGAGUAAAUCAAUUACUUAGACUUAUAUAUUUUGUAAAUCAUUACAAGAAGUUAAAGCUCCUAUAGAAUCUUUGGUCAAUUAUGAGAAUCCUAUUGAAGUUAGCAAUCUCAAUGAUGCUAAAGGACUUUAAGGAAAAAAGAAGGCUUAUUUAUUUCCUUAGAAUCAAAACCAAAUACAGAAGUAAAUUGUGUUCGAAAAAUUAAGGAUAUUUUGAAUACUAUUUUGCCACCCAUUGAAUGGGAUCAUAAAGGAAAGCAUUAUAUAUAAUAUGUAUCACAUGUGGCAGCUACAAGAGAAGAUGUUGGCAAUUUACAAAAACUUUUGGAUGGACGAUUGUUAGCAAGAUAAGCAAAGUAUUUUUAAUUGAAAAUUAAUUAUUCUAGAGAAAUUAGUAUUUGUCCAAUAAGAGAAGAAUUGUUGAGUCAAUGUUUUGAUGAAAUUAUUAGAUAAGUUAUAAUUGAUUGUCCAGAGAGAGGUUGUUUUAAUUUAUUAUAACUUAGGUUUACUGUUGAUGAGAGUGAGGGAUGAACUCAAGAUGACUAUUGCAGCAUAUUAAACCUUAUACACUAAAUUAAUAAAUUUGCCAUAUUUUAUAAUUAUUUAAAUAUCAAAUUAAAAAAAGAUAAACUAAUUGUGCAAUUCUUCAGUUACUUUUGGAAUGAGAAGAUAAUUAUAAUCGGAAAUUGGGAAGAAUGAAUUAGAAGAUAAAAUAGUAUAGUUGGAAUAGAGGAAAUAGAAAUUAAAAGAGAAAUUAUUAAAUAAAUUUAUUUAGAGAAUCGAUCUACUAAAUAAGAAGGAUUCAUUAGAUAAAAAAAUAAAAAAAAGGAAUUAAAUUAUAGAAUAAAAAAGAAAAGAGGAAAUUGA